AUGUUUUGGCGUUUCGGAGGAUAUGCGAGUAUCUCCGCUAUCGAUACCCUGCUAGACAAGCCCGAUGUCACCCUUGAAGAGCUGUUGGAUGAGUCUGAGCUCAUCCAAGAGCUCAAACAAAAUAAUACGAAGCUCAUAGAAUUCUUACGAGAAGAUAAUGUUCUUAAACGACUCAUGGAUUAUGUCACUGCGCCUAGUCUGGUGAAUGAAGACGACGAAGAUGAUGACGAUCACGAGAACAAUGCGCAGACGAACAGAGAUGAUGAUGCAACGGAAGAGGCCAAGGGGGGUGACCCCCUCAAGGAUAUUCUGGACCCCGAAGACCUGGAGCGGGCGGAGAAGGAUCGCAUGAAGCGAGCCUACGUCGCAUGCGAAAUUCUGUCGUCGGAGAUAUGGUCGAUCGUGGAGUCCAUUCUGCUCAAUCCCGACAACUUACGAGAUUUUUGGGGAUUUUUGCGGCGCUCGUCCCCUCUGGACUCUGCUCAGGCGAGUUACUUUACGAAAGUGAACGAAACCUUAUUCGACAAGAAAACCAGUGAAAUGCUGGAGCUGUUCAAGUCAAUGGAGGGAAUUGUACCGGCAAUUCUGCAGCACGUGGACAACCCAAUGGUUAUGGACCUUUUACUCAAAAUAAUAAGUCUGGAGAAGGUAGAAGGUGGCCAUGGCAUUGUCGAUUGGUUGAAAACCCAAAACCUCAUACCCACGCUCCUCUCAUUUCUGUCCCCGGAUCACCCUGCCUCGGUGCAGACCUCGGCUGGGGAUUUCCUCAAAGCUAUUAUCACCAUAUCCGCGAACGCAACACAGAAUGACCAAUCCUGCAUUGGCCCUAACAGCCUCACCCGUCAGUUGGUCUCCGUGCCGUGUGUGGAAAGUCUCAUCAAGGCCAUGCUGCAAGGUGGAAACCCUCUGACAGUCGGUGUUGGUAUCGUCAUUGAAGUGAUCCGGAAGAACAACUCCGACUACGAUCCUGAGAAUAUCAAUGGUCCGGACUCACUCCCCACCACAUACGAUCCGAUCUACCUCGGGAAUUUGCUUCGGCUUUUUGCCAAACACAUACCGGACUUCAUGGCGCUGAUCCAAAGCUCGAAACACACUGUGAACGACGGGGGCAAGGUGAGAAGUGUAGAAAGGGGGAAGCUCAACUCAGCUUGGGGUGCCAAGAUCGAGCCCCUGGGCUUUGACAGAUUCAAGACGUGCGAAUUGAUGGCCGAACUGCUACAUUGCAGUAACAUGGGCCUUCUGAAUGAGCCGGGGAGUGACGAUUACGUACGGCAGCGUGAUGCUGAGCGCGAGAGGCUCAUGCGCGAAGGUGUCUUCAACCCGCACCGCGAAGAGACAUCGGCAUUUGAUGGGAACGACUCUACGGUGGAUUUUGUCAAUGGAUCCGUCAUUGGCUACGGUUCCCCUGAGGGCUCUAGAGUGCUUGAGGUCGCCAAUACGGGCGAGGAAAGCUUCGAGGACGUUAGCGCAUCCGGUGUUCUGGUCGACAAGGAGAAGGACGCUGAAGUGAAGGACACCAGCAGCCCCGAGUUCAAGCCGGAGUCCGCAGCUCCCUCGCAGCAUGCCCCGACAGAAUCAGCCGAAAAUGCUUCAAAUGGCGCAUCGGAGGACGGCUCACACGAUGAAAACCCUGCGAGUCAGGUUCGGGCACAUACGCCUACUUCCGAUCCUGUGUCAGCUACUGCGUCAGGUAUAGCGGAAGUUAGCCUGGGCGGUGGACAGACCACCAAGGAAGGCCAGCCAGCUGCAGAAGCGGCUUCCAACGGUAUGGAAGGACAGACCACGGCGUCUUCCCAAGCCGAACAGGAAUCGGCUCCUCUCGUAGACCAAACAAAUAAUCAACAGAGCUCCUUGACGCCUGAUACUGCUGGCCAGGUCGGCGAUGCUUCAAGCUCAGUUCCACCCGCUUCCGACUCGGCGCCAAAUGACGGUGAUGUGCCGCGACAGCUGCACCCAGAUGUUCAGAUUGAUUCUAACGGGCAACCUGUUGUUGGUGACUAUCUCAAGAUUAUGUUCGUUGAAAACAAGGUGGUACCGACUAUUUUGGACUUCUUUUUCCGAUUCCCCUGGAACAACUUCCUUCACAACGUUGUCUAUGAUGUUGUCCAACAAGUGUUCAACGGUCCCAUGGACCGCGGCUACAAUCGUCUGCUGGCCAUUGACGUUUUUGAGACUGGCCGAAUCACCCAGAGCAUUGUCGAAGGCCAAAAGCGCAGUGAUGAGGCGCAGCGAACCAAACAGAUCCGACUAGGAUACAUGGGCCACUUGACGUUGAUUGCUGAAGAGGUUGUGAAAUUCAGCGAACGGCACCCGCCCGAGUUGCUCUCUCCUACGGUUAUGGAGAAUGUGCUGAACCCUGAGUGGAUAGACUAUGUUGAGCAAACGCUUUCUGAGACCAGGGAGCGCGACAACGCCAUUCUUGGAGGGGUGCGCCCUGACAUGUCGAUUGGACAUCGCCAAGGCAUGCUCAAUUCCGGCCAGAGCGCGAACACAUCAUCGGCGCUUGCUGACGCUGGCCUGAAUGGCUCGGUGGGAGGCUCCGGGUUCCAGGGCUUUGACAUGAUGAACCAAGGAAGUGUCUCCGGCGGAGCUUUCGGGCUAAACAGUGGUAAUUCCCUACUAAGCGGGUUCGCUAGCUCCAGCGAUGACGAUGAGGAUGAGGAAAUGGAAGAUCAAGACGAUCGGAAUAUGGCCGAGCCUUCUGCUGAAGGCGGCUCUGACAAUGUGGGUCAUCACCUUUUCACUGAUGUCGAUAUGCGCGAUGCUUGA